AUGGCCCAGGGAAUAGGUAAUGCAAUUGUUGUCUCAGUUCUGCUAUUGGGUUUGCUCCACUGUGAAAACGUUUGGGCAGCAACCUAUACUGUUGGAGAUGCUGGAGGUUGGACCUUCAACGUUGUGGGUUGGCCUAAUGGAAAGACCUUUAAGACUGGUGAUGUACUUGUGUUCAACUACAACCCAACAGAGCACAAUGUGGUUGCUGUAGACAAACAAGGUUACGAUACAUGCACGGUAUCAGAAGGUUCAAAAACAUAUCAAACUGGAAGCGAUAAAAUCACGCUUGCGAAUGGACAAAACUAUUUCAUUUGUGGUUUUCCGGGGCAUUGCGGGGCCAACCUGAAAAUGGUUGUCAACGCAUUGUAA